UCGCACUCUUGGGAGAGAUGUGCGGAAUCGCUCUGAUCAUCUACGGCGUUCGCUUCGACGUAUCGUCUCUGCUUCUCGGCACCACACUUCCGGUCACCAACUCCGACCAACUACAGUUCACUACCGCCGACCUCGCCGCCGCUCUGCGACGGCGGGGCCCAGAUAGCCUCGGCACCAAGAAGCUUCUUCUUCAUUCGUCAGGCUCCAAAGUCGCGUCCUUUAUUGAUGGAGGAGAGGAGGAGUUACCUUGUAUGGACUUUUUUGGCGCCACUUUGCAGCUCAGGGGAGUAAACCCAGUAGCUCAGCCAUUGGUGGAUUUGAAUAAGAAUGUUAUGGUUUAUAAUGGUGAAAUCUUUGGGGGAAUUGAGAUUGGUGGUGAGGAAAAUGAUGGUGAAGUUCUUAUGAGGUCGCUGGGAGAGUGUGGAGGUUCUGUGCCGAAUGUUGUUUCUAGGAUCAAGGGACCUUGGGCUCUCAUCUAUUGGCAGGAAAGUACCAGAACAUUAUGGUUUGGGAGAGAUGCAUUUGGUCGCCGGAGUCUGCUUGUUCACUGGCCGACAGUGGAGGACUCCCGGUUUUUGUUAUCGUCGGUAUCGCCUGUUGCUUCAAAUGAGCGUUCUUCUGCUGAAAAUGGAACUACCAAGCGUGAUUUUUGGGAAGAGCUCCCGUGUGGAAUAUACAGUGUAACCAUAGAUGCUCCUGAUUGUGAUGGGUUUUUGGUUGGUGAAGUGAAAAAGCAUGAAUGGACUAAUGCCAUGCUAGAAGAACUGAUAAAAUGGGAGAGAACAUCUAUUGAACCCAAACCUGAAGAGUUGCAUAUUUCACAUUGCGAGACUGUAAGAGGGCAACCUGAAGAGUUACUUGCUUCAGAUGUAAUGCCAAUGCCAUCUAAAUCAGGCAAUAUACAAGCUUCAAUAUCAGUGCCAGCAGAGACUGUGCUGAUUGCUUUAAGGGAGUCAGUUUUGUGGCGAUCUUCACUGCACAGAAUUUUUCAGGCAGGUAUGGAUGAUGUGGAAAAGAAUCUUGUACCGGUGGCAGUUCUUUUUUCUGGUGGAUUGGAUUCUAUGAUAAUUGCAGCAUUGUUGCAUGAGUGCCUAGAUCCAAGCUAUGAGAUUGAUCUACUUAAUGUGAGCUUUGAUGGUCAGUCUGCGCCAGAUAGGAUCUCUGCCAAGGCAGGAGUAAGCGAACUGAGAAGAAUUGCACCUUUAAGAAAGUGGAAGCUUGUGGAAAUUGAUGCUGAUUUAUCAAAUUUGACCUUUGAAUCAAAGCGUGUAUUGUCUCUCAUAAACCCUGCCAACACCUAUAUGGACCUAAAUAUAGGAAUUGCUUUAUGGCUGGCAGCUGGUGGUGAUGGAUGGGUGUAUGAGGAAAAUAGCAAAUAUAAUGAUGAGAAUUGUCGAGGUGUUAGAUACAAGUCAAAUGCUAGGAUUGUCCUUGUUGGUUCAGGUGCAGAUGAGCAAUGUGCUGGCUAUGGUAGGCACAGAACAAAAUAUAGAAGUGGCAGUUGGCUGCGGCUGCAUGAGGAAAUGAAACUGGAUAUGCAAAGAAUAUGGAAAAGAAACCUUGGUAGAGAUGAUAGAUGCAUUGCUGACACUGGCAAGGAGGCAAGGUUUCCUUUCUUGGAUGAAGAUGUUAUACGAACUUUAUUGGGGAUUCCUCUCUGGGAGAUUACCAACCUUGAUCAACCAAGUGGAAUAGGAGAUAAGAAGAUUCUGAGAGAGGUUGCGGAAUUGCUUGGUUUACAUGAAGCUGCUACUCUGCCUAAACGAGCUAUCCAGUUUGGUACUAGAAUUGCAAGGGAAUCCAAUAGAAAGAAUUUCGGAAGUAACCGUGCAGCAAAUCAGGCAUCUGCGGGAAGUGCAGUGAUUCACAAGUAG